AUGCCCAUGAUACAGCUGACAACAGCCCUGUACUGUCAGGUGGACUCCUCCUUUGCACCGGGACACGGAGCAGGACGUAACAGGCCAUGGCUGGUGGAGCAUGGGGAGGAAGGACACCUGGUUCGCUCCCUGGGCAUGGGAGGAAACGCAGAGCUGGCCGGCAUGAAGGAUGGAGACCGGAUCGUGCGCGUCAACGGGACUUUUGUGGACGAGCUUUCACAUUCAGAGGUGGUGGAUCUGGUGAGAGACCACGGCUCGUCCGUCACCUUCCACGUGUUGGAUGAGGCGUCGUACAAACAGGCAAAAGCACAAGGGGUGAACCUGGCUGACCCUCGCAGCUCUCCGGUCACGAAUGGUGUGUCCAAGCAUGCCCCCAAACCCAAACUAUGCUACCUUGUUAAAACCAACAGCGGCUACGGCUUCUCCCUCCGCUCAGUCAAGGACCAGCCGGGCUUGUUCAUGGCAGAAGUGGUCCCGGGAGGCGUGGCGGACCAGGCCGGGGUCAGGGUCAACGAUCGUCUGAUAGAAAUAAAUGGACACGACAUGAACGGCUGCACACACGAGCAGGCAGUGGAGAAGAUCAAGUCUGCAGAGGGUUGCAUCCUGUUUCUGCUGGCGGACGAAGAGACGCAGAGGCACUAUCAGGGCACUCACGCUCAGAUGGUAUCCUGGCAAGCCACCACCAAGUACCUGCCACACCACCCCAGGAUCGCAGACAUGACCAGAGGCAGUGACGGCUAUGGCUUUCUGCUAAAAGAGGAGGACAAUCUUGCAGGUCACUUCAUCAGAGACAUCGAAAGAGGCAGCCCAGCGGACAGGGCGGGCCUAAUGGACAUGGACAGACUAGUGGCAGUAGACGGGGGGGAGGUGGAUUGUCUUUCACAUGAGCAGGUGGUGGACUGCAUAAGAAUGUGCGGCCGACAAUGCUCCCUCCUGGUGGUGGACAAGGAGACAGAGAAAAUGUACAAAAUGGGAAACGUCUCCCCGAUGAUUUACUGGGAUGAAAUGAAGGAUGUUACUUCACCUCCGAGUUACAACGAAGUAGUGAAUAGACCUACUGCAGUCCGCCCACCAUCUCCGGUCCCGGUCAGAGACAGCGAUGAGAACCUCAAACCCAAACUGUGCAAAAUGGUCAAGACCUCCUCUGGAUAUGGCUUCCACCUGAACGGCAUCCAGGGCGUGUGUGGACAGUACAUCAAAGAGGUGGUGAAAGGCGGUGCUGCGGACAGGGCCGGGCUGGAGAACGACGACAUGGUGGUGGAAGUGGACGGGGUAAACGUGGAGAACAGCAGUCAUGAAGAAGUAGUGGGCCUGAUCCGGAGCAGCGGCAGCAGUCUGGAGCUGCUGGUGAUCAGUAGGAACAUCCACGAGAGGCUCACGGCAAUGGGAGUCCCCAUCACACGUGCUCUGCUGGGGGAGACGUCUUACGCUCAAGUCCACACUCCUGAAGCUGCAGAUGUAAGACCAGAGACACCACCACAACCAGAAGAACCAGAACCAGCAGUGAGAUCAAGGAGCUCAUCUGAGUCGUCUUGUGCAUCUGAAGCCAGUGUGGAUGAGAGAUUUUGA